AGCCAUACGACCGGCUAUGUUAUAUGGUAGUGAGUGUUGGACACUGAAAGAAUCGUAUGCAUCUAAGAUAAGAGUUGCAGAGAUGAGAAUGUUAAGGUGGAUGAGUGGCCAUACUAGACUAGAUAAAGUCCAUAAUGAGAGUAUUAAAGAAAAGGUAGGAGUGGUGCCAAUUGAAGAUAAGUUGAGAGAAGGGAGAUUGAGGUGGUUUGGUCAUGUGAAGCGUAGACAUACGGAGGCUCCAGUUAGACAAGUAGAGCACAUUAGGUUAGAGGAUAGAAAGAAAAAAAGGGGUAGACCUAAAUUGACUUGGAGGAGAGUAGUACAACAUGACCUAGAAGCAUUACACAUUUCUGAGGAUUUAACCCAAAAUCGUUCAGAGUGGAGAAAAUGAAUCCAUAUAGCCAACCCCAAAUUUUUGGGAUAAAAGCUUAGUUGAGUUGAGUUGAGUUGUACUGUGCAUAUGAUUCUGUACAACUAGAAUUAUCUACAAUUCCUGAACAGAUAAAAGCUAUGGAAGCUGCACAAAGGGCAGGAGUCAUUAUAAAUCUGGGGUCUGCUUUAGGUCUUUAUCCUAUGAUUAAUGACUCUAUCUACUCUGCCUCUAAAGGCAGUGUUGUUAUGUUUACUAGAUCACUUUUUCCAUACAAACAUCAAGGUAUUCGGAUUAAUGUGCUUUGUCCUGAGUUUGUUGAAACUGGGAUGGGAUUAACAGCAGACGCUAAACUUGUUGGCAUAGUGGGAGGCUUUGUUUCUAUGCAAAUGGUGCUUUUGAGCUCAUUAUGGAUGAGAGCAAAGCUGGCGCUUGUUUAUGGAUAACAAAUCGCAGGGGUAUGGAGUAUUGGCCCACUCCCAUAGAAGAAGCAAAAUACUUGGUCUGUUCUUCAGCUUCCGGGAAA